AUGUCUCACAUCCUUGGGGGGGGGGUGUCUUUGUGGGAGGGGGGUGGUUUAUUGGUUGGCUCUCAACCGAGCGGGAAGAGAGCCCUCACUGAUGCCCGAAAUCAGAGCUGGACAGCCGACCUACCGCAAGAACCUCCUCCUGCCGCAGCUGUAACCGCCAUCUUCCCCGACACCUCUCUUAACCCUCCCAGUCUUGUUUGA